AUAACCGAAAUUAAUCGAGAUGUUCGAGUUGAUAUAUCACCUGGGUCAACUCAAUAUUACACCCCUUUAUGCGAUCAUGAUUUGAAGCCCUUUGUUGGACAAGAAUUUAAGACGUUAGAUGAUGGUCUUCAAUUUUAUAAGAAAUAUGCAGUUGAAUGUGGAUUUGACAUUCGACGUUCAACAUUGUCAAAGUCAAAUGAUGUUGUUUAUGACAAAUCACAAAACACAGCAACUUGUAGUUGCAAGAAAUUUGUGAGGGUUGGAUUACUAUGCUGCCAUGUUUUCUAUGUGUUUAAAGAUUUGAAUCUCCAGUCAAUCCCAGAAAAAUAUUUGGUUCCUAGGUGGACAAAAUAUGCAUCAUUGAAGCCUAUAUUUGAGGUUCAUGGUCAGAUUAUUGAUCAGUGUGCUAUGAUUGAAGAGCGGAAGUCAAUUAUGAAUCAAUUGUUCUCGGAGUUCUAUUCUUGUAUUGGGUUUGUUGAAGGAAAUAAUGAUUUCAUGACAAGUUUGCUACAUUCUCUUAAGAAUCAGAGACUUAUCUUUACCUCUGGUGUGGACCAAUCUUCAGCAACUUCGUCCAAGAAAAAGUUGUUUGAGGAUUACUAUGGAGGCUCUGUUCCACAAAAAGUACAGGUAUUGCCACCGCUUCCUGUUAAAAUGAAAGGGAGUGGUAGUCGAUUGAAAUCAAGGAAAGAAAAGACAAUUGAAAAAAGCAAUAAGCCUUUGAGAAGAUGUAGUAAGUGUCGUCAGAAAACGAAUCAUGAUGCAAGAAAUUGUGUGAAAUCA